CCUUCCAGUCGGGCUCUUUCAAUGUAAAUCAGCAUCAAACGGAGUAAGCAGCCCGUGAUUGUCCCAUGUUGUCGCCGCGGUUGAACGACAGCUGCAUUCGGACUGGGCAGGGGGAUGAAUUCUCAACCUCCCGGCGAACGGCUAUUGGCGCCUCGUCAGUCUGAGGUAUCAGACCCAUCUAGGCCCAGUGCCUUGCAAGCCAAUGUCUCCCAUCAGAGGAAGAAGAGGGUAGCUUGUAGUAACUGUCGACAAGCCAAGUUGCGAUGCGAUGGCCUAUCCAAGACGGUGGGAACCCCCUGUGUCAGAUGCCGCCGGUUAUCAUUGGAUUGUCAGAUAGACUCAAGUUAUAAGAGGGUCAAUAAAAGACCGCAAAUCAACGAAUUGGCAGAGGAAGUGGAGAGACUUCGCUCAUCAGUUGAUCGGCUUGGGACUCCCAGAGUUUCCUCAUCAGGAGCAGCUGAUGAUGGAUCACCAAGCUCCUCAUCGGCCCCUGCCCAGCUCGGCUCAGGAGAAGAGGGGAGUUUGAUGGCAGAGCAGUCUCCAAUGUCGUUGCAGACUACAUCUCCCCAAGCACAUCACUCUCCAGCUGGGCCUUUUCCAACUGCGCAGCCGAACCUCCCUUCCACCACCUGCUCGAGGACCCUGGAGCAUAUACACCUGGACAAACUCGAAAUUAACGAAUUGUUUCAAAUCUACUUCAAGCAUUACCAUCCUUUCUUCGAUAUCCUUGAUCCGGACAUCUGUCCAGAUGAUUAUUACGCCCAGUCAGCUCUCCUGUUCUGGGCCAUCAUCAGUAUCGCUGCACGACGGUACGAACAUGAUGCCGCACUGUUCUCCUCCUUGAGCCCAUGCGUCACCAAACUGAUGUGGAGCGCCAUCCCCAUGCUCCCGCACAAUCGUUUUACCGUCCAGGCAAUCCUGUUGAUAUCCAUGUGGCCCUAUCCAACCAAUUCGAUGUCUACUAAUCCGUCCUUCCUGCUGGUGUCAAUUGCAAAGACGGCAUGCCUACAGCUAGGAAUCCAUCGACCCGAGGUGAUCCAGGACUUCCUGAGAGUGAAGACUCGACUUAGCCCGCAGGAAUUCGGCGACGCUGUCAAGACCUGGGCUGGAUGCUACAUUGCGGCACAAAGCGUUACUGCCGGAAUCGGACAGCAAUCCAUACUCCAGUCCGACUGGGUUAUAGACGUCGCAUGUGAGAACGAUCCCCGAUACGCGAUCCCCGAGAAUCUGCGCACCCAUCUCCUGAUUUCCCGAUUCAUCGCGCGCGUUAAUCGCAUUCUGUCUGAGAACGAUCGGUCGCCGACGGGACAGCCCUUCGAUUCAGAUAUCUGUAUCAUCCUAGCUAUGCUAGAGCAGGACCUUGGCAGCUUAGAAAGACAGCUCGGCCACGAUCUUUCAGACAUGCAUCAAAUCGAGCUCCUAAUGGCUUCCUUACAACUACGAACCUAUUACUUCUUCGUAACCUCCAACCCGUCCACCCGGCGUCACGGCCUGCUAAAAGCGUACACCACCGCCCUGAGCCUCAUCACGCACUGCACCACGCCCUCCCCACCACCCGACACCUCCUCCACCGAAUUCACCAAUUACGCGCCCAACGGACACUCCCAAUUCCUAGUCAUGGCCGCCAUGCUCCUCCUAAAAAUCCUCUUCUCGUCCUACUCUCACUUCAUCCACUUCCCCACAGGCCGUGCCGCCUUCGACGCCGUCGUCCUGCUGCUCCGUCGCUCUUCCAUCAGCGCUCAGGAUAUCCGGGGACGCAUGAGUCGGAUCCUCGCGCAGCUGUGGAGUUUUCAUCAGUCCCUGCCCAAGGCUAGGAUGGACGACGAGCCGAAAUUGAAUUUGAGGACGAGGCUGGGUGCUAGUCUGUUGCAUGAUCUGUUGUGGACGUGGCGAGAGGAGUUUGGCGGUCAGCGCGCUGCUGCUGUUGCCCCGCCUUCUUCUUCUUCUGCUCCUACUGCUCCUCCUGCUCCUCCUGCCAUCAUCUCGAAUCCUAAUUCUAACAAUAACACCAACACCACCACUCACAACACUAUCAUUACUCCUCACCCCCCAGCGGCGCCAAACCCCACCAACCCCACCAACCCCACCAAUCCCGCCCCCCCAUCCUCCUCCUCCUCCUCCUACGAACCCGCGCCGCCCCCAUCCCCAACCAAUUUCAACCUUGACACUCUGGAUCUAGAAAUGCAAGAUGCGAAUUGGUUGUGGGAUGUCGGGUUCCCGUCUGUGUUCUCGGUGGAUAUAAAUUCGAGUCUUUGGGAGAGGGAGGGGGAGGGGGAGGGGGGAUGAUUGGAAUUUUGUAAGGUGGGAGUGUUGGGGAAAGGAAGGGGGGGAGGGAAGGGAAGGAGGGAGGAGGGGUUGUAUAUAUAUAUGUGGUUAUGAUGAUGGGAGCUGAUGGGUGGGAUGUAGGUUGUUUUGAAAAAAGGAGGUGGGAAGAAGGGGGGGGGAGAUGCUAUAUUUGGGUCUCCCUCCCUCCCUUUUAUAUCUAUCCGUACGAAGAUAAGGUACUUACUGGAUUAUUAUCAUACGAAUCCAACGUACAUAUAUAUAUGCACACACCAUUACACUGCAGAAUACUCAUAAAU